AUGGAACAUUUGAGCAAACUUGAUUUCACCCCUUUGAAUGUAUCUGGUGAGAACUACGUGAGUUGGACAAUGGAUGUUAAGAUCCAUCUCACUAGUAAGAAACUGAGAAUGGCUAUUGUCAAAGAAAAUCUGCUUAAUGAAGCCCAGAAGGCUGAAGCUAUGAUUUUGAUUAGGAGGCAUUUAGAUGAGGUCCUCCGUUUGGACUACUCAUCGAUUGAGGAUCCCCAAAUACUAUGGGAUGCCCUGGCCAGUCGAUUUGAUCACCAAAAGACAAUCCUCUUGCCUGAAGCAAGAAACAAAUGGAUUCACUUACGGUUUAUGGACUUCAAAACCGUUAACAAGUAUAACUCUGAAGUAUGUCGCAUCAAAUCCACCCUGGAGUUUUGUGGAGAGAAACUAACUGAUGCUGAGAUUCUGGAGAAGACGUACUCUACAUUCCCUGCCUCACAUAUGAUAUUGUCUCAACAGUAUAGAGCCAAGAACUAUACUCAGUUUUCAGAGUUGGUCACAAUUCUGCUCCUCGCCGAGAAGAACCUUGAUCUUCUUUUGAAGAACAACCAGGCUCGACCAAUUGGUACUCGACCUUUGCCAGAAGCAAAUUUGGUCAAUCGAAAUCCUCAACCUUUGCCAGAAGCAAAUUUGGUCAACAUAAACAAUCGUGGAGGAGGCAGAGGCCGUGGGUUCAAUCGUCGAGUGAGAGGACGGGGUAAUAGGGGUGGACAUGCUCCUUAUAAUAGGCCACCUAAUGGUCCCCCACAGUAUGGGCAAAGGGGAAAUAUGCCAAGAGGAGGUAACAAUGCUCGACCUAGAGGUGCGCAGCAGAAUAGAGCCCCGAAUCAGAAUCAAAAUCAGAAUAGAGAUACAUGUCAUAGGUGUGGUGGAACUGGGCAUUGGUCACGCACCUGUCGUGCGAUGAACGUUAUGGUUGGUGGUGUAAAUAACAAUGUACCACCGGAGACCAACCUGGUUGAGAUAAACGUUCUCAAUGAGGAGCCCAUUGCUCGACUCCCAAAUCUGGGCACAUCUGACCCAAACCCAGUUUGGAAUAUGAUUAGAGUGUUAUUUUAUGAGUUUAGACGUUAUGUUAUUUUAUGUUUCUAG